CGCGUGGACGGUGUGGUACUGGCUCGUGAGUCCGUACCAGCUGAUAAUCGGAAAAUAAUGGAGCGAAAUCGAGCUGAAGCAGCAACUGUGGAAAUUCAAUGAACGGGCAGUCGCUGGAGAGCCGUUGGCCACGCGAGGUGUCACCAUGAAGAAGAGCAAAGGGAAAGCCAUCACUUCCACCGAGAAGGAGUUUGUGUUCGAUUUCAGGGCCGGAAAACACAACUGUGUUCUUAAGGUGCCACUACAGUUUCCUGCCCAGGUCAACGUCAGUGACCUUCAUGGACGACUGAUGCUGCUUCAUAAAAUACCGUGUUACAUCGAAAAUGAGCUUAAAGCGUCACUUUCCAACUUCAUUGAGAGAGAAACCAUUCUGGAUUAUGACAGAGAGGCAGAGCUGGCCCUGCAGAAACUCACGACCGGAGAAGUGGAUGUCAACCACCUGACCAGCGCGUGGAGCAGGUCGUAUGUGGAGACAACCCUGGAGCAUGCUCGCCCCGAAGAGCCCAGCUGGGAUGAAGACUUUGCCGACGUUUACCACGAGCUGAUCCACUCACCUGCCUCAGAUACUCUCCUUAAUCUGGAGCACAACUACUUCGUUAGCAUCUCUGAGCUGAUCAGUGAGAGAGACAUGGAGAUCAAGAAGCUGCAGGAAAGGCAAGCAGCAGAAAUGGACAAAGUGAUGCACGAGCUGGGCAGUACUCUGAGCGACCACGAUGUCAAUGCAGUUGCUUCUCAACAUUUUGAUGCACAGCAGGUUUUGGAGAACAAGUGGAGCAGUGAGCUGCAGCAAGUGACGACCAUCCAGAAGCAGGAAUACCAGGAGUGGGUCAUCAAGCUGCACCAGGACCUGCAGAAAUCCAACAACAGCAGUCAGAUAAAUGAGGAGAUCAAGGUUCAGCCCAACCAGCGGUCAGAAGCUGCCGACUCGGAGGUGAGGAUGUUUGAGGAGCAGCCUCAGCUGGAGGAGAGCUUCACCAUCCACUUAGGAGCGCAGCUGAAGACGAUGCACAACCUGCGGCUGGUCCGAGCAGAAGUGCUGGACUUCUGCAAACACCGGCGGCACGGCAGCAGCGGAGCAAAGCUGCGGCGCCUGCAGACGGCGCUGUCGCUGUACUCGUCCUCCCUCUGCGGGCUGGUGCUGCUGGUGGACAACAGGGUGAACUCCUACAGCGGCAUCAAGAGAGAUUUUGCAACUGUGGCCAAAGAGUGCACGGACUUCCACUUUCUGAGUCUGGAGGAGCAGCUGGAGGAGGUGCAGCAGGUGGUGCUGUACGCCAGAGCUCAGCGGAGCAGCAAACACAAAGACCGGCCCGAAGUUCAAAGGAAUGGAGGUGACGAGAAGAGCAAAACCGUUGAAAGAAACUCCUCAAAUAUAUUACCAGGCGAGUUCUACGUCACGCGGCAUUCCAACCUGUCCGAGGCUCACGUCGUCUUUCAUCUGUGCGUGGACGACAACGUCCGCUCGGGCAACAUCACGGCGCGCGACCCCGCCAUCAUGGGCCUGAGGAACAUCCUGAAGGUCUGCUGCACGCACGACGUCACCACCAUCACCGUCCCCCUGCUGCUGGUGCACGACAUGUCCGAGGAGAUGACCAUCCCCUGGUGCCUGAAGAGGGCCGAGCUGGUGUUCAAAUGUGUUAAAGGCUUUAUGAUGGAAAUGGCCUCGUGGGAUGGAGGUAUCUCUCGCACAGUCCAGUUUGUGGUGCCAAAGAGUAUCUCAGAGGAGAUGUUCUACCAGCUGAGCAACAUGCUACCUCAGAUCUUCAGAGUCUCCUCGACACUGACCCUCACGUCAAAGCACUGACAUGUUCGCAAGCAGAACUCAGAGGAAACUACGCACUGGAGUUACUCUGGAAAUCUAAGAUAUUUGAAUAAGAGAUUCGUGUAUUUGACCAUUGAAAAUCUGAGACGUUAUAUUGACAUUAUAGCACUUAUCAAUCAGGUGAGACUAUUGUCCUCCAGUGGGCCGCUCCAAAGCAAAUCAAAGACCAUUGGCAGUUUGGAUUCGGGUUUGAGCAUUAAAAAAAUGCAAAACAAGCUAGCAGAUAAAGAAAACGAGGAAUCGUUUACUAAAAUAUUGUGAUUAUAUGCAAUCCAGUCAAUCUGAGGAACCUUUAGAAGCAGCUGUGUUACAUGGGAUUUGUUGUUUUCCAUCAGUAGCAGAAUAAUUUGUUUUUUAUUAUUCAGAAUCCUAAGUGUUGUUAAUAAAAGUGGACUAAUCCGUUAAUCUGUUUCUGAAAAUGACAGCACUUCUCAUCCAUUCCUCGCUUUAAUAUCACGCUUGAUUGGCUUCAUGUAGAAGUUGGGUCGCCGUCAGAAAAGACGAGUUCCUUUCCUCCUUAAAUGAGAUGUUACGAGGGUGACUGUUUGUAUUUUAACAGUACAUCAGAGUCGUGGCGACACAUCCUGUCUGAAUAUGGAAGCGUUUCUGCUGCGUGUGCAGAAACGGACGACUCAGUUCUUAAAGACCCGUCAUCCCCACUCAACAGUAGGAGAUAAAACCUGUACAGAAUGUUGUUGUUCUGUUAGAUUCAUGCAAGGCUGCACUCACAAAAGCUCGUUCUUUAUUCUUCAGAAUGAUUGUGUCAAAUGACUGCUUUUUGAUUGAUUUUUUUACUUUGUUUAUGUAAAUAAAACACAACAUUGGGAUAUAUUGCAAACUAUACUUUCA